CUCUCUCUCCCCUCCUCCUCCCUCUGUGCCCUCACUGGAACGAUCGGCAGCAAUGAGGGAGUGAGUGAAGAUAGGAAUUAACAUCAACCAGGAGGGAAAAGGGGAGCCACCCAGGGAGCUGGCACAGGAGGGUGCUGUAUGUAUACAAGUUGUGAUUGCAGCUGUUACAGAACUCCAACAAAGUUCACCAGAGAAUCAUAUACCACAGAGGGAGAACAUUCAGCCCAUCUUGCCCUUACUGGAUCUUUGAAAAAAGUGACCCAAGAAGUCCCAGUGCCUGCUCCUUCCUCACCCACUUGAUACAACAGCUCCAGAGUCUGGGGGAUUUACCCUGUCAAUAUUCAAUGGGCUGUCAACAGCUGCUCUGAGACUCUGGUACCACUCACCCUCCAGUGGCAGGAAGCAGACACUGCAGCUGCUUUGCCAUUGGACAUUUCACACCUACAGCAUUUUUGCUGACACAAGAUUCUGAGACCAGCUCCUCCCCAGAAGUGACCAAAAGUGCUUUUUCUGUGUGCUGAUAUCACAAACCCUGCAGGUGCAGGAGAUCAACAAACCGAGGCAAUACACGACGCUCUGCAUUGAAACACCGGCUUCCGCGCACACCCACACCCACCUUCCCUAUGUCUGUGACACCAGGAGAGGAACAUGGGUCCCAGAAAUACCCGGGAGUUUUGGACUCGUGCUUCUGACAAUGGCUCAAACGCUGCAGCUGGAGAUUCCCAACUUUGGGAACACGGUGCUGGAGUGCCUGAAUGAGCAGCGGUUGCAGGGUCUUUACUGCGACACCUCGAUUGUGGUGAAGGGACAAACAUUUAAGGCUCACCGGGCAGUGCUGGCCGCCAACAGCUCCUACUUCCGGGACCUCUUUGCCGGGACCGCCCGAGCAGCCUUCGAACUGCCGGCUGCCGUGCAGCCGCAGAGCUUCCAAAACAUUCUCAACUUCUGCUACACGGGCAGGCUGAGUAUGAAGGCGGGCGAGCAGUUCAUGCUGAUGUACACAGCGGGUUUCCUGCAGAUACAGCGUAUCGUGGAGAGGGGCACUGAGCUGCUGUCUAAGGUCAGCUCGCCACGGUGCGACUCACAAGGGCUGAGCGCCGACGACCCCGGCUGGGAGCCUCAGAGCCCGGCCGCGCCCCUCCCCCUCCCGCUUCCCCUCCCCCUCGCCUCCCGUGUCAAGGUGGAACAGAGCGAGGCGGGUCUUGGCCGCGGCAGGCGGGCUGCCGAUGGCCCCGCAGCAGGCAGCGCCAAGUCGGCCCGCCUGGCACACGAUGGAGCGAGCGGGCAGGGCUGCCCCAUCAGCGCGCCCCGUGAUAUCGCCAGCCCGGGAGCCAGCAGCGUUCACCCCAGCGAUAGCCCCUUCUCCUGCCAGAACGAGGAGGAUGAGGAGGAGGCGGAAGAGGAGGGACUGGAAGACAUGACAGAAGAGCAGUACGUCCAGAUGUGCAGCAUGUACAACAUCAUGAGUGUCCCGCACGUCGCCACCCCAGAGAGGGUGGAGGCUCUGCCCGAUCACGUUGAUGGACGGUCCAGGAUGAGGAUUCGGCAUGACCUAGCUGUGUUGCCCGCUGACCUGAUUAACCAGAUUGGGCAUCGCUGCCACCCCAAGCUGUACGUGGAGGGUGACCCGUCCGAAAAACUUGAGCUAGUGACAGGUACAAGUGUGUACAUCACACGAGCUCAACUUAUGAACUGCCACAUCUGUGCGGGGACAAGACACAAAGUUUUGCUGCGGAGGCUGCUGGCGGCGUUUUUUGACCGGAAUACCCUGGCUAACAGCUGUGGUACUGGAAUCCGUUCCUCACUUUGCGAUCCCAGUCGGAAACCACUGGAUAGCAGGAUACUCAACGCCAUUAAAGUUUACUGUCAGAACUUUGCCCCGAACUUCAAGGAGAGUGAGAUGAAUGCCAUUGCUGCAGACAUGUGCACCAAUGCCCGGAGGGUGGUCCGCAAACACUGGAUCCCCAAGCUGAAGCUGAUGCUUGCUGAGGGAGACGGCGUCUACCGCUCAGUCAUCACCGACGGGGCGACUGGGGGUUUGCCCGAGGGGGCUUCUGGGAGCCAGGAGAUGGAGCUGCCAGGCACUGGGCAAAGGCACGAGUCCAGUGGGAUGAGAGCAGGUGGCACUGGCCACAGAUAUGAGACAGGUUUCCCAGAGGGUCUGGAAGACGCUGGGAACGGUAUCAUGGAGGCUCCAAACUAACGGAGCCCAACAGGCAUUCCCGGAAAAGGACACAUGCUACUUAGAGAGUCAGAUGUGUCGUGGGGUUUAAGUGCUUGGGGAUUUUUAGUGGUGGCUCAACCUGGAAAUGAGAUAGACAGUGUGUACCGGGCGGGGUGAGGGAGGGCAUCAUUGUACCAUGCCUGACACCUAACCCUCUCACCGCAGGAACACCCUUAUAGUGCUUUGGAUAAGUUGCGAUUGGGGUGGGAUUAUCAUGAAUGUAAAUUUAAGAAAAAGACUUGCAUUUCUAUAGCGCCUUUCACCUUAGGAUAUCCCAAAGCGGUUCAGCCAAUGAGGUACUUUCAAAGUGUAGUCAUCGUUGUAAUGUAGGAAAUGAAGCAGCAAAUUUGUGCAUAGCAAGUUCCCACAAACAGCAAUACCAGAUAAUCUGGUGUUGAUUGAGGGAUAAAAAUUGGCCAGGAUACCAGGGAGAACCUGAAAUAGCGUGGUGAGAUAUUUUACACUCUUGAGGCGAUAUAUAUCUGAAAGAGGAUACCUCCAACAGUGCGGUACUCCCUCAGUGUUGCUCUGGAGUGUCAGCAUAGGUUAUGGGACCAAGUCUCUGGAGUGGGCCUCAAACCCACAACAUUGUGACUUAGAAUUGAGCAUGCUAUCCACUGAGGCAUGGCUGACACAUUAGGACCAGGAAUACACUGUCCAGCUGAUCUCUGCCCUCCUCACUAAUGGCCAAUAAUUCAAAGCAUGUUUACAGUGUGGGGAGAAGGACCACAUGGAGAUAUGGAAUGUUGACUGGGCACAUCAGCAAAAACAACUCAAUCCCACAUUUAACAAGAAAAGAUUGUACAUUAAGCAAGGACAAAGGGAUCAGCCUCCACUCGUUGAACUGAUGGCUCGCUCAUUUGGCUCCAUCCCUUUCUGCCUGGCCAACAUUGUCUGGUAUCCAAGUCACACCCCACAGAACAUGUUCUCUGUUUAGCGUUAAAGGAUCUGUUCCAAAUCUUCAUUCGAAUGAUAGUAUUGUGAAUAAAUCACCCGUAAUCCAUUGUAAUGCUUCUCACCCUCUCCCAGCCCACACCCUGUAUUUCCAGUAUUACGUACAUUGAAUUUACAGUGCAAAACCAGGUCAUUCAACCAAACUGGUCCAUGCGGUGUUUCUGAUCCACAUGAACCUCCCAUCAUUCUCUAGCUAACCCCACCGAUCCUUCUGUUCCUUUCUUCCUCAUUUCAUAUCCAGCUUUCCCUUAAACACACCUAUACUGUUUGCCCCAACCGCUCGCUGUGGGAGUGAGUUCCACAUUCUCACCGCUUUCUGGGUAAAGAGGUUUCUCCUGAAUUGUUUAUUGGAUUCACUAGUGACCAUUUUAUAGCCUCUAAUUUAUGGACAUUGUGUCAAUUUACACAUAAGCUUUGUUUAGGUGUUUUUGAAGCUCUUGUUGAAGCCUCCCAAAGCAGAAUUUACAUUUGGGAGCAAUGGAGGUCUACCAGUGAAACAACAGAUUGUAUUUUUUUGGAUGGGGUGGGGACAGUAUAACUUGUUUCAGUGUGCAGUGACUGUUGGAACUCAGAGGAACGGAACAGGCGGGUGUAGUACUGUGGGAGACUACAUUGCUGGAUGUACCCACUAACCCAUGGUCUGACUAUUCACUUGGGUGAUAAUAGUGCUGUGGCACCAUUCGAGAAAUAGCAGAGGUGGAGGAAUUUAGGCAUUCAGAGCACCAAAGCAAAAGUCCAUUCAUCGUAUUGCUGUUUGUGGAAUCUUACUUGUACAAAGCAGCUCCCAUUUUCACCCGCAUAAUGGCAGUCAGCCAAAGAAGUAACUCAUUGUAUAGAAGACACUUUGGAGAUGUUUGAGUGAUGUAAUAAGAUGCAUUAUAAAUGCAAGUCUCAGCCUUUUCAAAUUAGCAGGUAUGUAAUGCCUUCUAAAGUUAACUUAUCUUGGUGUUUUUCACUAUAAAGAAACAACCGUAUGAUAAUCUUCUGGCUAGGUCAUUGGGGCUGGUCCAGUUUCUCGUCACCCGCUCUGGUCUGAAGGUCACUGGCAAGUUCCUGGGUCUGUCCCUUUCUUCCUGUCUGAAAUACUAACAGUUAAAUAUGUUGAUUCCAAAGCAUCCAUAAUCCAACCUGGCGCCACGGUAGUGGUGGAAGAACUCUAAACAUUUGCAGAAGGAAUGGAACUUGCGGAGGUGCGAAGAAUGUAAGCUUGGUGUUUGAUUGGAAGAACGUGUUGGUAUUAAUGGAGGUGGUUACUAACCACUGAAGGCAGCUGAACUCAGGGAUGCUGCCCUACUUCAGGGGGUCCUGAACUAACACCACAGGUACCACUAGACUUUGAAACACACCCGCCUUGCUGUUUGAAAUGCUUCUGGAACCUGCGUUGCACAUAUACUUGUUGACACAUUUUGGGCUUAGGGCCAGAAACUGCCUCUGUUGCAAAUUGGAAUGGCUUUCGCUCCCUGUUUACAUGGAAGGGUAGUGAGCAGUGGAAACGUGCUUGUGUGUUUUUUGGCAAUUAGGAAUGUAAAGUGUGUUUUGAAUCCUGGUUUCUGAUGAACAUGGACAAUUUUGGGCUUUGGUGUUUGGAAGACUCUUCACUUUCCCGUUGACUGUUGAAAGAUUGGCUAUGAGACAUGUGUCGCGAGUGGUCCCUUUCUUUUCUCUACAGCCGCGCUUGGGUGUGUGAAUCACCUCGAUGGACCCUUUCAAUCUUGUACCGCUUUUCCAGUGGCCUUACUGACACAAAAUGGGACACUAGCCCGUUUAAGGACAGGUCCUAGUCUGCAAUGAACCAACCUGAUAAUUGUUAGUGUGACACUGUAUCUCAUGGUGCUCCCAUUGAUGUUUGUUGUAUGUAUCAUUUUAACAAAUAACAUGUAUAAAUACAAAUGUAGCUCAACAGUC